AUAGCCAUCAGCUCUACCUUCCCUGUCUCCACCUUCUCCCCUUCCAUUAGCUCCAGCUCCUCCACCAGCUCUGUUUCCAGCCCUUUCACUGCAGUCAUCCCUGCAAUCUUCAGCUCCUCCUUCUCAUCCUUAGCCAUCAGCUCUACCUUACCUGUUUCCACCUUCUCCCCUUCCAUUAGCUCUAGCUCCUCCGCCAGCUCUGUUUCCAGCCCUUCCACUGCAGUCAUCCCUGCAAUCUUCAGCUCCUCCUCCUCCUCCUUAGCCAUCAGCUCUAUCUUUCCUGUCUCAACCUCCUCAUCUUCCAUUAGCUCCAGCUCCUCCACCGGCUCUGUUCCCAGCCCUUCCACUGCAGUCAUCCCUGCAAUAUUCAGCUCCUCCUCCUCCUCCUUAGCCAUCAGCUCUAUCUUUCCUGUCUUAACCUCCUCAUCUUCCAUUAGCUCCAGCUCCUCCAUCGGCUCUGUUCCCUGCCCUUCCACUGCAGUCAUCCCUGCAAUCUUCAGCUCCUCCUUCUCAUCCUUAGCCAUCAGCUCUAUCUUUCCUGUCUUCACCUUCUCCCCUUCCAUUAGCUCCAGCUCCACCACCGGCUCUGUUCCCUGCCCUUCCACUGCAGUCAUCUCUCCGUCAGCUCUGUCUUUCCUGUCUCCACCUCCUCAUCUUUCAUUAGCUCCUCCACCACUGCCUCUGUUUCCAGCCAUUCCUCUGUAUUAA